AUGUUUGUUCAAGUGGGGUUGGUGCUUCUACUUUCGCGGGGACUUCUGGGCGAGUCUGAUUUCACGGAUAUUGACGGAGAUACGCGAAUCGUAGGGGGUCAAGAUGCUCCAGAGGACUUCGCGAUUUACCAAGUCUCCAUACGUAAGCACAACAAGAAUCAAGAAUGGCACUCGUGUGGCGGCUCCAUCAUACACGAAGAAUGGGUUUUAACAGCUGGUCACUGCACGUAUGGUGUUAACGCCAAAGAAGUGUCUAUAGUGGUUGGAUCAAACCUACUCAUAUUUGGUGGCGACAGUUACAAAAUAAAGAAAAUUAUCACUCACGAGAAUUAUGCAAAAAAAGAUUUAAGAAAUGACAUAGCUCUUAUGAAAGUCGACGGGAAAAUAAAAAUGAAGAAGAACGUUAGGGCAAUCAAAUUGAUGAAAGAGUCUGUGGCUGCUGGAACAAUUUGUGCUCUGACAGGAUGGGGUGAAAUUAACGAUAAAAGAACUGUGCCGAACAAACUUCAAAUUAUGUUCUACAGAAGUAUUAGCAACAAGGAGUGCAACAAGAGGUUAAAAGGUUUCAGUUUCGCACCGAUUGAUGACAAACAGCUCUGCGUGAGAGGACCAGAUAAGAAGGGUGCUUGUAGAGGUGAUUCAGGAGGUCCUCUGGUCGCUCGUGAUGCAAAGAAAAACAUUGUUCAAGUUGGAGUCGUGUCCUGGGGGACAAUCCCGUGCGCUAAAGACUACCCGGAUGUUUUUGCGUCUGUUUCUGGCUAUUAUGACUGGAUUGAGAAAAAUAUGAAGGAUUAA